AUGCUGGGAAACCUGUAUGGCAAUCCACACUCUGCCUCGCAGGCUUCACAACGAUCUACCCACCAAGUUCAAGAUGUUCGACUACAACUUCUGCGUUUCUUCGAUGCCAAUCCCGACGACUUUGAUCUGGUCUUUGUCGCCAAUGCCACCGCAGGCAUCAAAUUGGUCGCUGAUGCUCUUCGCGAACACGAGUCAGGCUUUUGGUACGGUUACCACAGAGAUGCGCAUACCAGCCUUGUUGGUGUGCGGGAACUGGCACAAGGACAUCGCUGUUUUGCUGGAGACAAAGAUGUCGAAGAUUGGAUUGAACAAGGGGGACAAGAUACACAAACUCGCCUCGGACUCUUCGCCUACCCUGCCCAGUCCAACAUGAAUGGCCGCCGUCUGCCACUCGAUUGGUGUCGCCGAGUCCGAAACAACGGAACGCUCACUCUCCUGGAUGCUGCUGCACUUGUCUCGACUUCUCCUUUAUACCUGGCCGACCUUGACACAGCCCCUGACUUUACAGUUCUCAGCUUGUACAAGAUAUUUGGCUUCCCGGAUCUUGGUGCUUUGAUCGUUCGUAAAGACGCGGCAUGGGCUUUGCAGAAGAGAAGAUAUUUUGGUGGCGGCACAGUUGACAUGGUCGUGUCGUUAAAGGAGCAAUGGCAUGCUGUCAAGUCUGCUCAUCUGCAUGAGCAGUUCGAGGAUGGCACUCUGCCCAUACACAGUAUCAUCGCCAUGAAGUCUGCUAUGAAGGUUCACCACGACUUGUUUGGCACGUUGGAACGUAUAUCUGAACACACAUCUUUCCUCGCCGAACGCCUAUAUUCUUCUCUGAAAUCAUUGCGCUAUAGCAACGACGAACCAGUGUGCCAAAUCUACAAAGACACUACUUCCACAUAUGGCGAAAAAAGCACGCAAGGUCCAGUCGUUGCCUUAAACCUUUGCGAUGCCAGAGGUCAGAUGGUUAGCAAUCUAGAAGUGGAAAAGCUGGCCCAUGUCCGCAAUAUCAACAUUCGUACUGGUGGUCUUUGCAAUCCUGGAGGAAUCCAAUCCGCACUCAACUUGUCACCAUGGCAAAUGAAGCAGAAUUUCUCUUCCGGUCGGCGCUGUGGAUCUGAGAACGACGAUGUUAUCAACGGACAGCCUACUGGCAUGAUACGAGCAAGUUUGGGUGCCAUGUCUACCACAAAAGACGUCGAUACCUUCGUGUCCUUCGUCAAAGAGUUCUUCCUCGAUAUGACAAAUACGCCAUUUGAUCGAACCGACUCUCCUAUCUUGUCGUUAGAGGUCCCAAUGCCAGAACAAUUACACAUCGAGAGCCUGACUGUGUAUCCAAUAAAAAGCUGUGCCGGCUGGCAAGUUCCUACUAAUACUUCAUGGGAAGUGCAACCACAAGGCCUGGCAUGGGACCGUGAGUGGUGCAUUAUACACAGUGGAACCUCUGUCGCACUUUCGCAAAAGAAGUAUCCACGCAUGGCACUCCUCCGCCCCACACUAGACUUCUCUGCUGGACUUCUACGUAUUACCUGUGCAGUCCCCGUUAAAGACACAUCACAAACAGAAAUCAGCGUCCCACUCUCUGCCGACCCACGCUGCUUUACACCUUCAAGCAAAACCUCCACACCAACAAACGUCUGCGGCGACAACGUAGCAGCAAGAAUCUACGCCUGUCCCAAAAUCUCCUCAUUCCUGUCUUCUGUGCUAGGUGUACCUUGCACCCUCGCUCGUUUUCCUGCAACAUCCGCUUCCAGACACGCCAAAGCACACCUCUCCACCCCCAACAACACCACCAAAUCCCCAACACCACUAGCAUUCUCCAACGAAAGCCCCGUCCUCUGCAUAUCCAGAAUGUCAGUAAACGCACUCAACAAAACCAUAAAAGCANAAGGAGGACCCGCAGUCCCUGCAUCUAGUUUCCGUGCUAACAUUGUUGUUUCGCAACCUUUGCAUCUGCCUCCUGGUACGGAAACACCGUAUGUGGAAGACACGUGGACAAGCCUUUCCAUCACGGCAAAGAAAGGGUAUGCACAGCAGAGUGUCAACACAAAAGCAGACUUCAAGGUUUUGGGAAAGUGUAGGAGGUGUCAUAUGUUAUGUGUUGAUCAAAGGACGGCAGAAACCAGACAGGAGCCUUUUGUCACAUUGGCAAAAACGAGGCGAGAAGAUGGAAAAGUGUGGUUCGGUGUGCAUCUAGCUCUGAACAAAGGAGAAAAGAACGGGUGGGUCAGGGUCGGUGAUCAAGUCACCACUAUGUAA